GUAUUAGAUAGUGCUCUCUCUCUCUCUCUCCCUCUUUUGCUCAAAGAAGAGAGGAGAAACCACCGAUGGAGAAGCAACAACAAGUGCGGGAGAAGACGAUCCCCGUGUUCACUGUACUGAAGAACGGCGCGAUUCUCAAGAACAUCUUCGUCGUCAACAGUCGCGAUCUCUCUUCUAACGGUAACGAUGACGCCGAGGUGGAGGAGAUUCUGCUCGUCGGCCGCCAUCCAGACUGCGAUAUUCUGCUCACGCACCCUAGUAUCAGCAGAUACCACUUGCAAAUUCGCUCCCUUCCCUCUCGCCAGAAACUCUUCCUCACCGAUCUAUCCUCUGUGCAUGGGACAUGGAUUGCGGAUCUGAAAGUUGAGCCCGAUGCUUGUGUUGAGGUAAAGGAAGGUGAUGUCAUUAGGAUCGGUGGUUCAACAAGGAUCUACAGGCUGCACUGGAUUCCCCUGAGCCGUGCCUAUGAUAUCCACAAUCCAUUUGUAUCACCAGUGACUGAGCAAGAAGAAGAAGAAGAGAAUAGAGUGCUUGAAGCAGAAAAUCUAGAGGUUGCGCAUCAGUCACUAGCGGAUACUUCUGCAUCAGCCGAAGAUGGAGAUGGACAUCUGGAUGUGACGUCUGGAGGAAGUGGAUCAUCUGUCCUUAGUGAGGAUGAGGAUACAUAUACUACGACAACGGAAAUUUUGGUGCCACUUUUCUCUUCAAGUGUUUUAUCAUUGCCUAGAGACUCUGUCAAUACACAAAAGCUUCAACGCAAUGAUGAACAUUUUCAGACUUCUUCAAAGUGGGACUUGGAUCUUGUUGUAGAAGCCGCAGCAGAAAGCCCAAGUAGAAGCUGCGGUUUAAAUAAGCAGCAGAGUGGGAGCUACGCGGAGGUCUUAGGUUUUUAUGAACUUGAACUUGCUGAUGAACGGGAUUUAAGAGGAGAUGAAGAAGGUCUGCUUCUGAAUGUGAUGUCGGAGAUGAUAGAGUCAUCAGUCCCUGUGGAGGAGGAGGCUCCAUAUCUAGCUGCAAAGGAGACUUCAUCGCUUCCAGUCCCAAGAGAUUAUUACAUUGGCACAGAAAAUACAAGUAGCGGCUCCCUAAGUUUGGCACAGAUUGAUGGUUGCUUUGAAGCCGCAGGUUGUCAGGCAUUUGAACUGGCUGCAGAGGCUGAGACUAUGCGCCCUUUCCAAGAAGUCAAUGGAGAAACUGCUGAACACCUACGGAAGGCAGAAAUUCAGGGUCACGUUUACAAUGGAGAAAUUGAGGUCUCAGGGCAAGAUAUUGCAGUGUCUCCCAGAUCGUCUCCUCAAGGUAAGCAACUGAUAGAAAUGUUAACUGAAGAUGCCCGAGGCCUCUUAGGUUCUCAAUACGGGAAUGAAGUUUCCAUAGAGACUGAUACUGAGAACCUACAUGAAAUAGGCAAUGAAGUGAAUCAUGCAGGAGACCAGAAUAAAAAACAAGGAGCGAACAGAGAAAGUGAAAAAAUAUAUGAUGAUGGGAGCAGCACGUGCCAUUCGGAGGGCCUUGAACAGAGUGGUACACAAGUUUUCUUGUCAUUAGCAAAUCUGAAGACCAAGGCAGAAAUGUCAUUUGGCUCUGAAGCUUCUUACAAACUGAGGGAGUUAUGGGGCACAGGAAAUACUGAUAAGGAGGUUCCAGUUCCUUUAACAUUGGCUGCAGAAACAUUUGAGGAUACAAAACCGAUUGAAGAACUGCCUUAUUAUUAUACUGAGAGUCAAGAAAACCAGACCGAGCAAUUAAAUACUAUUAGAGAUGAUGCACUGUCUCAGAUGGAUAGCUCUAGGAUGGGAAAAGCUGCUUCUGUUCCAUUACUUGAAGCCUCAGGCUGUUUUGCAUUUGAAUUGGCCACAAAUGUUGAGAUUAUGUGCCCUCGUCAAGAAGUCAGUGGAGAUAUUGGUUUUGUCACAGAGAAAGCAGUGGAAGCAUCCGCCGAACAACUUAUUAAAGCUGAGAUUCAGAGUCACGGAGAGAAUGAAGAAACAGAGGUCUUGAGGCAAGUCAUUGCAGAAUCUUCGAAUUCCUUCCCUCAAACGGAACCAACUCUAACUGGAGAUGCCAUAAUAGGCCUCUUAGAUUCUGGAGUGGCCAUAGAGACUGGUAGUGAAAACAUACAUCAAAAGGGCAAUGGAGAAACCAAGAUCAGUUCAAGCCAAGCAGAAACAUUUGAGGACAAACUGCUUUCUGAUUAUACUGGAGAUCAAGAGAACCAGACACAGCGAACACUCGCUGUUAGAGAUGAUGUACUGUCUGAGCUGGAUAUCUCAAGAAGUUCCUCGAGAAGAUUGAGCACAAGCAACAUUUGGUCUAGGAGGGGGAAAGAUGCUUCUGUUCUUCAGGUCAGGACCAACAAGAGUGAAGGAAAGCAAAAAAAAAUUGGGAAACAAGCAAAGGCACAUCUGCAGAGAAAGGCUUUAAGUGGCAGGUCCAUUUAUCUGACUGUUGAUCAUGGUGCAUAUAAACUGGAACCAGAAAUCUUUACUCCUGACAAGGAGAAUCUGACCCCAAGCUCCCAUAUGUUGAAAAGGUUACAAGAUAUUGGUGACGUAAAAGAUAGCAAGAGCUCUUCCAAGCUUUCGGGCAAACCAAGCUCGUUAAAGAUUCCUUCCAGUUUUGCUAUCGCGGCGUUAACAGAACCAGAAAUCUUUACCCCAGAUAAGGAGAAUCUUACCCCAAACUCUCAUAUGCUAAGACGCUUGCGAGAAGUGGGUGAGAUUAAGGAUACUAAAAGCUCCUCCUCUAAAGCAAUGCGUAAACCAUUCUUUGAUAUUCAUGUGGAAGAAAACCUGUUGGCGCAACAAAAACCAGAUGUUCACUGCAUGAGCAGCAACUCAAAGGUGAAGCAUGAGCCUGUGGCACUGAAGAAGAAAGCUGAACGGGCGCCUUUUCAACCUUUACUUGAAAAAUCAUCGUCCCAAAGCCAAUCAUACACCGAGGCUCCUUCGACUGCAUCAGCAAGAAACAACAUUUCUAGGGGCGUUCGUUCUUCUUCUAACCUUUCUGAUGGAAAGAACAAGAUGAGAUGGACCAUUGUGUUGGACACUUCUUCACUCCUCGACAAGGAUUCUAGGAAGACACUGCAUCUUCUGCAAGGUCUCAAGGGGACACACCUGCUCGUACCAAGAACAGUGAUAAGGGAACUAAAUGAGACGAAGCGUACUCGCAAUGUUCUCUUUAGAAGAACAGUAGAUAUGGCUUCGUCAGCUCUGGAUUGGAUCGAAGAGUGCCAGGUUAAUACCAAAUGGUGGAUUCAACUUCAGAGCCCGUUAGAGGAAACCAAAGCAACUGCACCAACACCACCAGUCACUCCCCAGUCAAAUGGCUUUGCAUUCCCGUUUUCACUUCAGUGGAAUAACUACGCACCAGAGAUCGAUUCUCCUAAAUCAGAAGAUGAAGUUCUCGAAUGUGCACUUCUUUACCGAAACCGUAACAACAUUGAUGAAAAGCUCGUUCUUCUUAGCAACGAUAUAACUCUCAAGAUCAAAGCCAUGGCAGAGGGUGUGAUUUGCGAGACGGCACUUGAGUUCUAUGAGAGUUUGAAGAAUCCCUUGUCGGAGAGGUUUAUGUGGCCAGAGAGUUUGCCGAGAGGAAGGACUUGGAGUCAUGCAGACGACGUCGUGUUAAGAGAAAGGUACGACAGCCGAACUUGUUUUCCUUACAGGAAGAAACCAACGUUCAAUGGAGGAAGAAGAGGAGAGAGUGGUGCAGCAGCUGCAGCGAAAGGGUUGAAGCUCAUAUUGCUCCAUAACUCUCAAUAUGGCCACAUUCAUUGAUGAUGCAUCUAUCAUCAUCCAUUGUUGUUCUUUCUUUUCAAGUAAGCCAAAUCAGUUCAACUCGCUUACACAAGAAUAACAUGGAAUACUUUUUAGAAUGAUGACAUUUUCAUAUUAUUGUGACUUUUUAUGAUUGUGAAAUUGCAGUUUGUCAUCCAACUAUAACGA